UCUCGCUCCUCCGCUCCUCCGCGUCGAUGAGGCAACGCGAGGAGGGCUCGCUCGCGCGCGCGAACGAGCAUCGCCGAACCGAACCCGCGGCGGACUCGCACACGUGAUACCGUCCCGUGCAGCGGGAGCGCGCGCCUCGUUUUUAGCCGCGACGACAUUGGACUUCCCUCUCGUCUGCCAAGCGAAGCGGCCUCGGGGCGGGAGGAGCGCGUCUACCGCUGGAAGAGCCACCGCGAGAGAUGCGAUUCACCACGGCAGAGAAUCCGAGGUAAUUUGUCCGAAGACGAUUGACGCAUCGUCGAGGACAUGGCGGUCGACAUUUUAGACGAGGAUCAUCUCGCCGUGAGCGCGAUCGUGACAGUCGGUAUGCAGCUGAUCUUCUUCACGAUCGCGGCCACCUUCCAGCUGGACAAGCUGACGGACUUCGCCGGCGGCACCAACUUCAUCAUCCUCGCUCUUCUCACUUUCUUUCUCGGUCAAGUGGGCAAGACGUACGACAGCCGGCAGGUCAUGGUGACCAUAUUCGUGUGUCUAUGGGGCGUCCGACUCUCAGGAUACCUCCUGUACAGAAUCGUCAAGAUAGGCCGCGACAAGAGAUUCGACGACCGUCGCAGCAACGUGAUCCGCUUCGCCGUGUUCUGGACAUUCCAGGCCGUGUGGGUGUAUGUCGUUAGCCUGCCUGUGAUAAUAAUCAAUUCUCCACGUCACAAAAUACCGCCCGCGCCGAAGACGAUGACGACGCUCGAUAGCGCCGGCACGGGCCUCUUCCUCAUCGGCCUGCUGGCCGAGACCUAUGCCGAUCUGCAAAAGUUCGCCUUCAAGCAGGACCCGAUUAACAAUGGGAAAUGGUGUAAUGACGGACUUUGGAGGCUCUCCCGGCAUCCAAAUUAUUUCGGCGAGAUCGUUGUCUGGUGGGGAAUAUUCAUAAUAUCCUUGAAUGUCAUCGAAGGAGCGGAAUGGGUCGCUAUCGCAUCUCCGAUUUUCACGACGCUUAUUAUCUUAUUCCUAUCGGGGAUGCCGCUACUGGAAAAGGCGUCGGACGAGAGAUACCGGGAUAACGCGGAAUAUCGCUACUACAAGCAAUCCACGUCGCCGCUGAUACCGAUACCGCCGGCUAUUUACGUCGAGGUACCGCAUUUCCUCAAGUUCAUCCUCUGCUGCGAAUUUCCCCUGUACGACUCCUUGGACGUAAAGCCGAGGGCGGCCGUCACCGAGUCAACGUCCAUUAGCCUCGCUGCGUCCACGUAGCUGUAGCCACACGUCGGACGACCGAAUUCAGAGUCCGGCGUGCAAUCAACAGCAACAGCUACGACCAGUACAGCGUUCUGAGUGCUACUUUAUCUCUCUCCGUGGCAUCGAGAAUCCCGUCUAUCCGCUGAUAGAACUGUAAAUUCGACAGACCGAAUCGCAAUUCUCAGAUGGAUUCUUUUAAACACGAUAUCGACAUCUUGAGUCAUACGAAACAUUGUGCUUGGUCGAAAACAAAAUUUGGUAUAUGAGAACCAAAAAGAUUCCUCUUCAAGAUGGAAAAGCUUAUAAGACAAAGUAUUAUUAUUUUUGUAAUUAAAAGAGGUCUUGCCGACGUUAGGCGUAAAACGGUACCGGCGACUUUUCGUACAGAAUCAAAUGAUGAGACGAAAACAAAGAAAAAUUAUUUUUGUAGCGAUGUUAUAUGGGUACCAAUGUAAAAGUAGCUUAUCGACCAAUUCGAGCAUCGUUCCUGUAUGUAAAGUUGACGGUAGCGAUUUGAUUAGCGGCUUUAUUUAUGUACGCGUACUUGAACUCUUAUUUUAAUAACUCAUAUAUUAAAAACUAAGCUCUUAUUUUAGAUACAAGAAAAGAGAUUGAAGAUAAUAUAAUUUGUAUGUUCUAAAUCUAAAUAAUAUUCAGGCUUAAAGAAAAUAUCUCUUGACAAACGUUACUGUAUUCAAUUAGUCAACCGCUACCAGUACUUUAAAUUGCAUGAAUGAAUAAUAUUAUAAUUCUUACAAGUGAAUAGUUCUUGUGGAAAUAAAUUAGACAGCUAUUUCGUCGCAUUCUCGUUAUCAACUAAUAAAAAAAUGUGUCUUAAAUAUCACAAAAACAAAAUUUAAAACGAGAUCUUAAUGUAAUAAUACAAUAAAACGAUGUAGUCCAUUUUUGAGAAACUAUAUAAUAAUUUAUAAAACUAGUAAAAUUUAUGAAAUUAAUGAUCCGUAGUGGUUGGCGAUUGAUAAUCGCCGUUACGGUUCGUGAAAAGUAAAAUAAUUGACAGAAACGCACGUGGAGCUCGAAGAGAAACGGAAGCAUGUGUAUCUCAAUUCUCGUAACUCGACAGCGAAUAAGCAAUACUUAUCGCCAGAGAUGUCAGGUCGAACGUAAUAAAACAGUCACGUUUACAUUUCACUUCGCCUAUCACGAUCGCUAUCCAUUCCGUUAGUACAUCGUAUAGGUGCUUACGAAGAAAAUUUAGAUGCAAUACGAACGUCUGGUACGUCCAACGUAUCCCGAUUCUAGUCUUGAGGUUUUCGAUCGAGUUAUUCGGUUAUAGCAAUAUUGAACAUAUCUCUGUUCCGAAUGAAAUUUCCAUAAAAUACAAAAAACGAAUUCUGAAGAAAUCUAAAAAACAUACAUAGUAGAAAAUGGAAAUCACACGCGCGCAUUAACCGAAUUUUUGGUGGAUAAAUGAUUCAAAUGUUACUUCUCAAUAUUUCACUGUUACGUAUGUCUUCAAAAUUUAGAUAAUAAAUAAUUAUUAAUCCCAA